ACAUGUUACCGCUACAUGAUUUUCUCUGUUAUUUUUAUUUUGUAUCUCACAUUGAACAUGUGGAUGAAGACCUUCGUAUAUAUAUUUUCUAAUGAUACCCCAGAAACUGAAUUACUACUACAAGUAGAAAGUAUAAAUGCGAAGAAGACAUAUAACUAUCAUUCAGUACCAAACAUAAAAAUUUUCACUAUAUGCAAAUAUAUAGCAACAACCGAACGAUUAUUCGGAUUUCUCCGGCGAAGAACAUGGUGAAGAUUCAUCCUGACAAGGUGUUUACGGUGGAUUCUAGCGCGGGAGAAGACAAGAUUUCGCCAUACUUAACGACGGGGAAAGAGAGUUUCACAAUUUGGAUGAGAUCUCUUGUGUUUCAUAGCAAAGGCUGCACAGUUUAUGAUUCCAAAGGAAACUUAAUCUAUCGAGUGGAUAAUUAUAACUCCAAGAGUUGCAGUGAAGUUUACCUUAUGGAUUUAUUCGGCAAAAUCUUGUUUACGUUACGUCAAAAGAAAUUGAGAUUAUUCAAAUCUUGGGAAGGAUAUAACUCAACCGGGACAAGAUUUCGACUAAGAAAGAACUUCAAGAUAUCGCCAAGAGGUUCAUCUUCGUCAUACAAAGUUGUAAUGGUACCGCGCAGAGCUAAUGAUGAUCAACAACAAUCUUGUUAUAAGAUUGUAAGCCGCAAAUCGAUUUUCACAAUCGAGGAUGGAUCGGGUAGAUUAAUGGCAGAAGUUAAAAAGAAACAAUCGAGUAUCAAAAGUUUGGAUCUCGGAAAAGAUGUGUUAACAAUGAUGGUGGAGCCACAAGUUGAUCAUUCUUUAAUAAUGGGUAUUGUUAUAGCUUAUAGUCUUCUCAAAUGUAAAUUGUGAUAAUUAUUAGGGUGAGACUGAACAAAUAUGUAAAAUUUAGGGUCGUAAAUGUAAAUAUACAAUUUUUGGAGAGCCAUAUGAUAAUAUUAUUGUUAAAUAAGUUCUUAAAGCUAA